AUGAUGGACCCGGAGGGAUGGAUGAGACAGAUUUUGGCGAGGCGGCGGGAGGAGGGAACCCUCCGCGAGCUGCGCACACCGGAGCAGGACCGGUGCUUCGUGGACUUCACAAGCAACGACUACCUCGGGCUGGGGCGUGCGGCGGAUCUACGUCAAGCUGCCAAGCUGGAAGCGGAGAGAGCUCGCAAGGAAACUGCGGAGCGCCGAAGAACACGCCAGCGACCUGCCUGGACAGGGACCGACAGCGACGCUUCUAACGGCAGCAGCACCACUAACGGUAACAGCAUUGGGGACAGCACCACAGACAGCGGCUACGACAAUGGGGACAGCUUUCCCAUCGUCGGGUCGGGAGGGUCUAGGCUGCUGUCGGGCAACUCCCUGUACGCCGAGGAGCUGGAGGGGUGGAUCGCUCCCUUCCACGGCCGGCCGGCGGCCUUGCUCUUCAACUCCGGGUACGACGCUAACUUGGGGCUCAUGUCAUGCCUCCCGCAGCCCGGCGAUAUUGUGGUCUGCGACGAGCUUGUUCACAACUCUGUCAGGAUGGGCUGCCGGCUCGGGAGACAGAAAGAGACCAUGCUCUUCCGGCACAACGACUUCCAACACCUGGAGGCUACUCUGGAGGGCCUCCGCUCUAGAGGAGCAGGAUCGGCGCCGGCCAACAUUUUCGUAGCGGUAGAAAGUGUGUACUCGAUGGACGGGGACCUUGCGCCGCUGAGAGAGAUACUAGGCGUCGCUGCUGCCCACGGGGCGUUGGUCAUCGUGGACGAAGCUCACGGCACCGGAGUCUUCGGCGAACAGGGGCGAGGGCUGGUGUCGGCGCUGAACCUCGAGGCGCACCCCGCGCUUCUGGCCGGGAUGCACUCGUUCGGGAAGGCCUUCGGCGCUCACGGCGCGGUUGUGGUCGGCAGCACCACGCUCAAGGACUUCCUGGUCAACUACGCCCGGCCGCUCAUCUACUCCACGUCUCUGCCCCUAGACAGUUUGGCGUGCAUCCGAUGCGCGUACCUGAUGCAAGCGAGGGCCGACGACCGGCGAAGAAGAGUUCUGGAGUUGGCGGAUAGGUUUCAAAGCCUCCUUAGCGAUGCCGACGUCAACAGUUGGGCCGACGGCACCGCUCCCUCCCCCCCGUUGGACGCCAAGGACAUCCCGCGCCACCGGUCGCCGAUCCAGUCCGUCCUGAUCGCAGGAAACGAGAGGUGCUUGCUCGUGGCUGACUCUCUCCGCGCCUUGGGCUUUGACGUGCGGGCGAUCCGGAAGCCCACAGUCGCGGAGGGGACGGAGCGGCUGAGGAUUACGCUGCACGCGUAUAACACUGACGAGGAGGUCGAGUCCCUGGCGCGGCACAUCCGGCGGCUGGCAGCGAACAAAGGCAGUAGUGCCGACAAAGCUCGUGCGAGGACCUCGGAGGGAGAUGAAGGGGGCACGAGGGCAAGCGGGGGGGCUUUAGCGAGGGAUUCGAUUGUGCUUCUGGGAGAAGCUGCUACUCGAGCUCGACUGUGAUGAAGCAAACGGGCGUGUUUUUUGUAGUUUUGCUGGUUUGACGGCUCCAUGUGAUUCGAUGGAUGCUUUGGGUAUGACAUCUCGGGGGUGAAGAGAGCUCACCUCUGCUGUAACUGCAUGUGUUGCGGCAGUCGCUGUACGCGGAACGGCGAUUUUGGAGUAUGAACCCAAAUUUUCGCGUGUGGGUCUCACUUGGCGACGUGUUAAUUCAAUGUUUGCAGCCAUCUGAACCGUCGGCAGAGGCAACGAGGCGGGGCGGGGGAUAUAUAUGCUAUUUAGUAGAAUCCUCUCUUUUUGGCCUGUUUCAGUGCUCCGCGCGUCGGGCGGACAGAGCAAAGAAUGACGUUGGCUUUCAUCCGGUUGCAUUGAUGUUUCGAUGCCCCUGUGCUCGGUAUAUAGCUGGAUUCCCUCGUUAUACUCAACAUGAAGCACACAUAUGCAGAAGACCAUGCAUAAUGCUGUUUGAGAUUCACAUGUUUUUUCUGCAGACAUGUUCUUUAUUUUUUAGGAAGGUGUACCCCCCCCCGACUAUGGGGGGCAGUUGGCUUGUGACCACGGAAGGCGUCCGCGUC